AUGCAUCGCUGUAUACCUCUGAAAUGGAGGGAAGUCAAAAUCAUAUUCAUUCCAAAACCAGCUAGCGAGGACUAUACCCAAGCGAAAUCGUUCAGACCUAUCGGCCUCACAAAAGCUGGAGGCUGGGAGACCUGGACAUACGAAGCCAGCAGUCAACCCUUUAAAGGAGCAUUUAUUGACAAUGAAGGCGCUUUUAAUAAAACAAAUUUCACGAGCAUACUAGGAACAUGUAGAGUAGUGAGUAUAAACUAA